GCGAGGGAACCGAGUAGGAGGUGGCGGCUGCCCUGGCGAGCCUCUCUGUCAAGGGAGCCUUCCCAAUCUGAGCAAGUGGGAAUUGAUCAGGAAUUGAUCCUGCGCUCCGGACUGCCAUUCAAAUCGCGGGAGGUUUGCCUGCUGUAAACCCUCCUUCUUUCAGCGGGGUGGGGUAGAAGCCAGUCAGCUCCUGGAGGGAUUUCUCCUCCUCCUCUCUUUUGGCAAACAGGUGAUCUCUUUCUGCGUGCGAUUCUUUAUUCCCACCCCCUCCUCCCGCCGUCCCGUUUCGCCCCCAUCCCAAACCGUACACUUCUUUCCCUUCCCACCCCCCACCCCAGCUGGACUACUCCCUCCUUUGGAGAACACGCCCAAGUAGGCUGAAGAAGAGAGAGAGAAAGAGAGAUACACAUAGAGAGAUAGUAACAUUGAACCUGAGGGGAAAUCCUCCAGAGCUGCUGCGCGCUGCGAGAGGGAGAGAGAUUAUUGGAGCCUAUACAUGUGGUGUGUGGUGUUCUCUCCCCCCACCUCUCCCCUUCUUCUCUUCCCCCAGCGCGCUCUAAAGUGUUACGUGUGACAGGCAUACAAAUCCGGGAUAGAGAAGGAGUGAAGAGAGAGAGAGAGAGAGAGAGAGACCCAGCGGAGAGGGCGAUGGUGAUUGUCUCUUGGGAUUUACAAACACCCACCGCUCGCUCCGGGUGGCUCCGAUCUCAGGAGGGUUGGACUGUUUUGUCUGCACUACUUUGACCUGGCGUUGCACUGUCUGAGGCACCGAGAAGUUAACCAGCGCGCAAAGAGUGUGAGGGAGGAAUUACUACUACUAUUACUACGGCUGCUGCUGCUGCUUUUAUUAUUAUUAUUGUAAGAAAAAAAGAUACAUAAUUUCGCAUGUUGAUCUGAAACCCAACAACCAACGAGGAAUAUGAACAGGAAAACCAGGCGCUGGAUAUUCCACAUCUUUCUGAGCCUAGGGAUUGUCUAUAUCAAAAUUGGGGGCUUCUCCUCUGUCGUGGCUCUGGGGGCCAGCAUCAUCUGCAACAAGAUCCCGGGCCUAGCUCCUCGGCAGAGGGCGAUCUGUCAGAGCAGGCCCGAUGCCAUCAUAGUGAUCGGAGAAGGCUCCCAAAUGGGCAUCAACGAGUGCCAGUUUCAGUUUCGCAAUGGACGGUGGAAUUGCUCUGCCCUGGGCGAGAGGACGGUCUUUGGAAAAGAGCUGAAAGUGGGUAGUAGAGAAGCAGCAUUCACCUACGCCAUCAUUGCUGCUGGAGUGGCGCAUGCAAUCACGGCUGCCUGCACCCAGGGGAACCUGAGCGACUGUGGCUGCGACAAGGAAAAACAGGGACAGUACCACAAAGACGAAGGAUGGAAAUGGGGAGGCUGCUCUGCAGACAUCCGAUAUGGAAUAGGAUUCGCCAAAGUGUUUGUGGACGCAAGGGAGAUUAAGCAGAAUGCAAGGACGCUCAUGAAUUUGCACAACAACGAGGCGGGGCGAAAGAUCCUUGAAGAGAACAUGAAGUUGGAAUGCAAGUGCCACGGUGUGUCGGGAUCAUGUACUACAAAGACAUGCUGGACAACUCUUCCUAAAUUCAGGGAGCUGGGCUACAUCCUUAAGGACAAAUACAAUGAAGCCGUUCAGGUUGAACCAGUGAGGGCAAGCCGUAAUAAACGCCCAACUUUUCUUAAGAUAAAGAAACCACUCUCCUACCGCAAACCCAUGGAUACAGAUUUAGUGUACAUAGAGAAAUCGCCUAACUACUGUGAAGAGGACCCUGUCACUGGAAGUGUGGGAACACAGGGCAGAAUGUGCAACAAAACAGCCCAGCAGACCAAUGGCUGUGACCUGAUGUGUUGCGGCCGAGGUUAUAAUACUCAUCAGUAUUCAAGAGUGUGGCAGUGCAACUGUAAAUUUCAUUGGUGCUGUUAUGUUAAAUGUAAUACGUGCAGUGAAAGAACAGAAGUGUACACCUGUAAAUGAAAGUGUGGCUUGGGAGGGGGAACCUACAGCCUUGGAAUAAACACAUUUCUUUUUUGCACAUAAGCUCAGUGCACCUACACACGACUGUAGCAAAGACCCACACUGUUUCCGAAAGGAAAACCAGCAAAUGGAUCCCAUCUUCCCCUCUUAAUAUAUCAGCGCUUAUGUGGAGACCCAUCAAAGACUUAGAGAAAUAGUCCAAAAACAACAUCAGACUUUUUUUAAAAAGGAAACAGAAACAAACAAGUCACCUAAUACAAAAAAAUAAAUAAAUAAGUGGGGGGGGGGGAGAGAUGCUCUCAAAUAUUCUGCGCCUUCAGAACAUAAUUUAUUGACUGCCUUAAGGGGGAAAAGGCCAUGUCCAGACCAAGGCAAGGGGCUCUUGGGGACUGGAUGAGCAAGAGAUUGAAAGGCUCCACGCAGAAAGUGAGGGCUGGGGGAACAAACAAUUCUUAAACAUGGUCUUUGCAUAGGAUGGGGUGACAAUGCGCCAGUGUGAAUUUCAACUUAAAGAGAGUGGAUUAAGCAGAUUUAGGGAUUUCUACACUUGUGAAAAGCUUCUGCUGGUCCUUCUGUCUUUCCGUUUUUUUCAGACAAUGUGCUACUGCAAGUAGGAUUGUUGAUGUUUUCCAUAUAAACACUGGUUUAUCUGCCUUUUUGUCGUGCUGCAGAUAUUUUAGCACAGGGAUUUGGGACAUCUGGGCAUAAUAAUAAUAAUAGCAAUAUUUAACAAUUUAUCCAGAUAAAGCUAAUAUUAAUUUAUUUAAUUAAAAAGAACUCUACCGACAUUUUUGAAAACCAUUCUGCAUUUAGAUAGCCUGCUUUUUUUGUGGAAUACUUUUGUAGAUAUGGAAAGGAGGGGACACCCUUGAGCUGUAUAUAUUAUUGUUUACUCAGAUAUUUCUACUAGUUGGAAUUGCAGGAUGUUUUUUCCCUGCAAUAAUAGAUAUUAAGUACAAAAGCAGGCAUCUUUUAUAAUUUGUUUGGCUGUUUGCUGCUAGUUGUCUGGAAUCUCAAACUGAUAUUCAUCUUCACCUAGAUACCAGUGCAUACAUAACCUGUCCAGUUUUUUUAAAAAAAUUUAUUUUAAGGAGCAUUACAUAAAUCCAGUUGGAAAUAUGUGCAUCACACAUAAAUGCAAAACUCCAGACAAGUUUCCAUCUUUGGAAAAUGAACCAUAGGAUAAAAGAGUAUAUUUUGUAAGAGACUAUUUUUAUAUGAAUAUUUUAUUUAUACUAUGUCUGCUUGUAUAAUUCUAUAACCUGUACUUUUUCUCAAAACAGGCACACAAUUUGUAAUUGUUAGGCUAUUUAACAGAUAAAGGCUGAUUACUUUGUUGACCUGAAAGUAGCAAGCUGGAUGCAUUCAGUUGUUACUGGUGGAUGUACAAAAUACAGAAUGAAUUUUCUCUCCGGAUGUAUGUACAACGUGGCUCUUUUCCUGCAGUUCAAUUUGCAGAAUAUGCAGAACAAGAACAGGGUAUGUAGCAUCAGUUUUGUCACAUGGCUUGAAUUCAUGGUUGGUAUUAACUGGAUGCUCCUUUAUCCCAUUCAGAAAAAAAAUCUGAAUUAGCUUCCCAGAUGCACCAGUCAUUAAACUGUGGCGUUAUGACUAGCAAAUGUGCUGUGUGUGCUGUCAGUUAAACCUCUAUAUUGUGCUACUGUCAAAUUUGAUUUUAUCAGUGCAAGACUGUAGACUAUGACUGUAAAAACUAGCAUGACACGCAUAGACUGAUUCUCAUAGAUAAGACACAAAGCUUACGGGUUUUGUCCAACUAGUUUUUGGCAUUUGCCUUACUCUUCCCCUCUCGGAAGGUUCUUAGUGAAAAAGAUCAAGUCACAUUUUAGACAAACUUUCAAUCACACCCCCCAUUGCUUUUUGUGUGUGUUCAGUUCCUGCACUGUGGCAUUUCCUUUCUUAUCCCUGAGAUUUUCUUCUGCAAUUAUGUUCAAUUAAAUUGUUUUGCUUUGGGGGAAUUGUAGUGAUCAUACCACCAGGAUCACGGAAGAUUCGUUCCCCGAAUAUGUAAUUGACUUUUGCUGUUUCACAUCCAGAUUCCAAGAUGAAAUUAAUGGGAUCCCUUUCCACAUUAUAUCCAGAGAAACUUUCAUGGAAGAAACUCAUACAAGGAAAUGUAAAAAAAAAUACAUGAAAAUCUGUUGCAUGAUGUAAGCCAGGACUGUCCAGCUCCCAAGAGACUGCGAUCUACUCCCACUAUAAAAAACCCGGCAGUGAUCUACCCAUUGGAUUGACCAGAGUUGUUGAGCUUUUCUUUGGAAAAGCUUCAUCAAAGAUGUUGAGCCUUUGGGGGGGGGCAUCAGGGUCCCACGAUCGACCAGGAUCUUCCAGGGAUAUCCUUGAUGUAAGCUAUUUCACAUACCGUGUUUCUCCGAAAAUAAGACACCGUCUUAUAUUUAUUUUUCCUCAAAAAACCACACUAUGGCUUAUUUUCAGGGGAUGUCUUAUUUUUUUCCUCCUCCUCUUCCUGCCGCGACCGGCAUUGUUGCUGCGCCUAUCACUAUGUCUUAUUUUCAGGGUAUGGCUUAUAUUCCUUGAAUACUUAAAAAUCCUGCUACGGCUUAUUUUAUGGCUACGUCUUAUUUUUCGAGAAACAGGGUAGGUAUCCGAAGGUUGCUUAUGUGAAGUAUUGGACACCCAGAAUUUUUUGUAUUGUGCAUGCAGCCCUCUGGAUUGUAAGGCUCCCAAGAGCCCCAUGCCUAAGGAACUUGUGUGUAUGCAUGGAGGGGCUGCUCAUUUCUCUUCGUGGCUGCAGACCCCUCAAGGCACAUCAAAUGUGCUCUUGUGUGUGCCCUACCUUUCAAGAUGUGAUGGAAAAGGCUGCCAUUUAAAUCCUGGGCAGUGUGUUUCAGACUGAUGUAUUGGAAAUACAGGACCUAGUUGUUAGAGGCAUAAACAUGACUUUAUUAUGCCCCACCUAAGGCUUUAGGAAGGGGUAGAACAUAAAACAAUUUUAAAAUCAAUUGCAUCAAAUAUGACAACUCCUUAAAGCUGCUAUUCCAAUCACUAUUCCAACCUUUCAUUUAAAACCAAUGAGAUUUACUUCUAAAUGAAUGUGUCUACAGCUGUGUGUCUUGCAUCUAGUGUGUCCCCUAAUGUGGUUUGGGAACCGGUGUACAUAUAACAUUAGCCACAACCCAUAUCUAUCCUGUGUCUGCCCUGCUGUUUCUUAUGAAAUACUGUGCUUUGAUCUGGGGAGUGGGUGGUGCUGUGGUCUAAACCACUGAGCCUCUUGGGCUUGCUGAUCGGAAGGUUGGCGGUUCAAAUCUGCAUGAUGGCCUCCAGUUGCUCUGUCCCAGCUUCUGCCCACAUAGCAGUUCGAAAACACGCCAGUGCAAGUAGAUAAAUAGGUACCGCUGUGGUGGGAAGGUAAACAGCUUUUCCGUGCACUCUGGUUUCCGUAACAGUGUCCCGUUGUGCCAGAAGCGGUUUAGUCAUGCUGGCCACAUGACCCGGAAAGCUAUCUGCGGACAAACGCCGGCUCCCUCGGCCUGAAGCGAGAUGAGCGCCGCAACCCCAGAGUUGCCUUUGACUGGACUUAACUGUCCAGGGGUCCUUUACCUUUACCUUACUGUGCUUUGAUGUAUCUUUCCCCAAAACAGCUUUGAUCGGGAUUGAUUGCUCCAUAUUAAGUUGGUAACGUGUACACACUAGGAUAGGCAUCCCUAAACUCGACCCUCUAGCCUUUUGGGGACUACAAUUCCCAUCAUCCCUGACCACUGGUCCUGUUAGCUAGGAAUGAUGGGAGUUGCAGUCCCAAAACAAGUGGAGGGCUGAGAUUGGGGAUGCCUGCACUAGGACUUUAGUACAGUGGUCAAAUUGGGAGGUCUUCCUGUCUCAUAUAAACUAUCACAAGAAUGCAUACAUGCCCAGUAGUUUACCUUCUUUAGGAACUAUUAGCACUCUAAAUUAGUCUUAAGGGCUACAUUUGGGAGAUCAGAAAUGAAUGUGAGGAAACACAGCUUUAUUAGGAGUCAUGAUUUAAAUCACAUGAACCACAUAGGGGUCACUUCAUACAAAUGGUACCAUGUAUCAGAGCAGGACUUAAUUUAUUGGUAGCAGACACACCAUUGAAGUAAUGUUUGAAUUGUUCCUUGGCACAACCACUUGGAGUGAAAGAGCAGAAGAGCACAUUGGAAGCAAGCCUCCUCCCUGCAACUUCCUCCAACAAUGGAGUGGGUAAGUGUAAAAGGAAUUAGGGCUAAUGCUCACCAAUAUCCUCAAUGGGAUAGAGAGUUUCACCAUUUAAUAACCUAGAGGAAGACAGAAGUUCCUCAGGUGCAGCAUCUCUCGUUACAGGGUUGCAAUGAGAGCUGUACCUGCUGAAUUGCGCAGUGGCACUUAAGCAGAGGCCAUUUUAGCCUAGCAUGAGUAGUGCAGUCGCCCUGGGCGCCGUUCUGCAGGGGGAGCCGCAACAAUGCUGUAGAAUCAUAGAGUUGGAAGGGACCAGAAUGGAGUGAGAGAGGUAGAGGGGCGGUGGCGGUGGCAGGGGCAGGGGUUAGCUUCAUCAAAUUUGGGAGCCCAAAGAAAUUUGACAACCACUGAUUUAUGGAACGAAAAGCCUGGAACAUAUUCAUCUACAUCAUGAAGAUGAGUUAGAACAGUUGUACCAGAAAUUCAACAGGUCCAACUUUCCCGGAAUGAAGCUGCAAGCUGGGUUGGCUCAAUAGUGUCACACUUUAUAUACACCCAUUUAUUACAUUCUCUACAGUUUUCAAGCUACAAUCUACAAAGCACUGAGGAAGAACACUGGAUGAACCAUGUCUUUAGAUGGCACCUUAUGGGUUAGGAAAUGUUCAAUGAAUUGACAGUAAGUAGAUUUUCAGUUUAUGGCUCAUCCACAAAAUAUGAUUUGAGAAACAUCUAACUCUACCACUGCAUUAAUAAGAACUGAUUCUCAAAGUUUUACGUAGCCCAUUGAUUACUAUCGUAUUAGCUAAAUGUCUGUGAAGUGGACGACAUGUGGUUUAAUAAUGUAGACAUUGUUCGUGGAUUACAGAAAGCGCCAACCGUUACAUUUGCAGGAUGUUUUUACUCUACGAAAGCAUUACAUAAAAUUUAUCUCUUUCUGUAUAUCUCGACAUUAAUGAUGCACAGUGUAUAACUAUCUCAAUGACUACUAAAGAUCUGGUUUCUUUAAAUAGAUUUACUUGCAACAAUAAGAAGCGGAUGUGUACAAAGAAAAUUCAUUUUUAGAAAAUUCAUAAUGAACUAGGGGGGAAUUACAUGAAUAUUGCACUAAUUUAUGUUUAGAAAUCGGCUUUAACUUGAACAGAACAUUUUAAAAGUUUGGACCAUCUAUCUUGCUUAGUAUUUCAAGUCAAUAAAACUUUUAUAACCAGCAGUCCUUUUAAAUUGUGCAGUGAGAAAAAGGUAGUCCAACCACAUCUUCUCUUACUAAGUUCAAUCUGAUCCAUCAACCAUGUAUUGGGAAUUAAUUUUUAAAUAAAUUAAUUAUUUGGAAUGACCAGCAUUGCUAAACUGCUUAAUAUUUGAAAAUCUCUAAGCAAUAUAAAAAAUUGUUGUUGUUUAGUUGUUUAGUCGCGUCCGACUCUUCGUGACCCCAUGGACCAGAGCACACCAAGCACUCCUGUCUUCCACUGCCUCCCGCAGUUUGGUCAAACUCAUGUUGGUAGCUUCGAGAACACUGUCCAACCAUCUCGUCCUCUGUCGUCCCCUUCUCCUAGUGCCCUCCAUCUUUCCCAACAACAGGGUCUUUUCCCAGGGAGUCUUCUCUUCUCAUGAGGUGGCCAAAGUAUUGGAGCCUCAGCUUCACGAUCUGUCCUUCCAGUGAGCAAUAUAAAAAAUAGAAAACAAUAAAAAUAAAAGUCUAAAUGCAGAUUUAAACAUAAAAAAUAUUAUAGCAAACAGAUUAAAAACAGACAUUCAGUGAUAACAGGGUCCAAUCUUACAAGUCAGGGGAAACCAGGACAUCUGAACCAACUGAUGGAUGAUGCCUCAAUGGCAUGAAAAAUAAACAUGAAGAAGAGAUACCUUUGUAUUUUUUAAUCUCUCUCCCCAACCUAUUAUUCACCAUCUCUUGGGGUUUUCUUUAUUAGGGAUUGGCACAAUAGCAAUUUAUGAUAGGAAUCCCCUCAAAAAAGCUUUUGCCAGAUGAACAAACUGUUCACUGAAUGUCCCUGUAGGAACCCUGGGGAUAUUUGAAAGCAAAUAUUUCAUUUAAUUUAUAUAAUUUGUGUACCACCCUUCUACUGCAUCAUAUUGAAGGCAGUAGAAAUGACCAAAAGUACAAGAAAAAUUGCAGUGCCAUUCUAUAGCAAUUCAAAGUAUAACUUUGAAUGAAAAAACUCCAUUCACCUAUAGUAUUAUGAGAUGAUACGUUGUCAUAAUAAAUAAAAUAGUAAAUAAAAACAAAGGGAAAAGAAUAUGGAAACAAACUGGAAGAUGCAUGUUGCUGCAAAGGCACAUGGUGUGGCUUGUAUCAGCAUAGCUACAGUGCUUUUUCAAUGAAGUGUAUUUGCCUUGUUGUUCUGAUACUUUGCCAGUUACAUUCACAUUCAGAUUACUCCUAUACAUCAAGGUUCGUGAUCCCGAAUGCCAUAGAAGAUGCUCCAAUGAAGGUAUGAACCUUAGUCCUGGAAUUCACAAGCAGAACACAAAGCUGCUCACCUGCUGAGGUGCUUGUGGGCCCUGCUCCCACCUCAAGUGUCAUUCAACAAAAAUGCUGGUCAGGUGACAUGCAGGGAGCUGAGUCAUACCCACACCCAGUUGUUAAGUGGGCAAACAUUGGGGGAGAUCGUGCAUGAACCAAAUCAAUCCUUUACUUCUUUCUUGUUCUCCCUCUUCCUACUGGUGCUUGAUGUUACGUAGAGCUGACAGUGCUGAUCAGGUGAUAAAUGUAUGGAGCAUAAGGUCUCUGUGGAGAAACUUUGCUGCUGGUUGAAUGCUGCGGAUGGGGGCUUUCCUUUGAUUUUACACCUAUGUGGAAUACUGUGGAUAUAUAUGGGUUUCUCAGGACCAGAGCAGUGGAGUUUUCAUGUGAAUAGGCUCAGAUGAUUUCACAAGAAAUCUCAAGCAUUCACUUGGCCAG